AUGACUAAGGAGGAAGAUGGUUCGUCUGGGUCCUCUGGGAGCAGCUACUCGAAGGGCCAAAAGAUACUGAUGCGGGACACGCCGCCGCGGUUCCCGCACGAUGCGGACGGUGCUGCUCCACAGGGGACAUCGUCGAGGGAGUUGUUCAGGACUGCGUGGGACGGUGUGUCUAUAGAGGACUUCACGCUGGCGAAGCUCGCGACGGUGCCCUGUUUCAGGGACGCCGUGAUGGUUGGGUUCGGCGGGAUGGUCAUCCUAGGAGGGGUGACACUCGCUUACCACCGGAGUGCCGUGCGGGCUGCAAACUGGGCAACAGCGGGACUGUUGCUCGGGUCCGUCGUUGGGUGGGAACAGUGCAGGUUGAAGCGCAGGAGGAGUUUUGAGAUCGCGCAGAGGGCGAUGGCCACGGUGCGCGCGAAGGAGAGUACCCAUGCGCGGGACUACCGACUGCUAGGAGAGGGAUCUGUUAGGAACGCAAAGCUUAAAGAGGAGUGGGACAAUCACCGGAACGAUGCGACGAUGGAGACACCGCAGCAGGGGAAGUCCAAGUGGUACAAGUUCUGGUGA